AUGACGAAGACUUUUACAUGUAUAUACCACUUCCUUGUGUUGAACUGGUAUAUUUUCCUCAAUUUUUACAUCUCACAAUGCAGAAAGAACAAGGAGAGUCCAAAAUCUUUGCAAAGGGGGGGACUGUGGAAGUAUUUGACUCUCCUUAAUCUGCUCGUACAGGCUGUUUUCUAUGUCGCCUGCUUGGAUGACAUGCUGAAAAGAAUCAAAGGGAGAAAAAGCAUUAAGUUCCUAACUGCGUUCAGAGACCUGCUUUUCACCACACUGGCGUUUCCUGUAUCCGCAUUGGUAUUUUUGGCAUUCUGUACCCUCUUUGUCUGCAAUUGAGAACAUUAUCCCAAGAUCCUAGAUAGUGUCUUUCCAGUGUGGCUGAAUCAUGCAAGGCACACUUCCAUACUGCCCCUCUCAUUGAUUGAAGUCAUCCUCCGGCCACAUCACUGUCCAUCAAAGAAGACAGGACUCUCCUUGUUGACUGCUGGCAGCCUUGCUUCCAUCAGCAGGAUUCUAUGGCUCUACUCCGAGACAGGUACCUGGGGGUAUCCCGUGCUUGCCAAUCUGAGCCCUCUGGGCCUGGCAGCCUUUUUCAUUCUCAGCUACAUCUUUAGUGCCAGCCUCUACCUACUUGGAGAGAAGCUCAACCACUGGAAAUGGGGUGACAUGAUGCAGCCACAGAAAAAGAGGAAGUGA